AUGCGACUGCGAUGCCUGACCCCUGGCUACUUCCGGGUGCUACAGAUGCAGGUAGCCGGGGAGCUGAAGGCAGAGCCCCGGAGUCCGCUGGCUGGGGUUGUGGCUACACUGCUGGCUGUCCUUGGACUGGGUGGCUCCUGCUAUGCUGUCUGGAAGAUGGUGGGACAACAGCCAUCGCCCCAUGACGAAGUGGGCAGCCUGUCGCCUGGGCCCCGGCGGUAGGCAACUCAGCAGGGACUGCAAUCUUGGGGUCCCACUUCAUUUCUGCCCUCGUUGGAAGCAGAGCCGUAAAAACCUGAUUCUACACCCCUCACCCC